ACAAUCAGUCACAAGCACAGCACUAAGGCUGAUUUGGACCCUGAGCUCUGAGCAACUAGUCUAAAUGUUCAGAGCUGAUGGGAAAUGGCUUUGUUGAAACUUGAUCUUGGAAAUCCUGCAUUUGCAAUGUAUAUACUCUAGAGAAAGAGAUCAAAGGAGCUGGGCAUGAAGACUGGUGGCCUCAAGGGUUACAGGGAAACCUACAGUCAGAAGCAGCUGUGUCUUUGGUCUUUGAGAUCUUAGCCUCCGAAGUCUCCCAUGGCUCCUUAUCAUAUCCGAAAAUACCAGGACAGCGACCACAGGAGUGUGGUGGAUUUGUUCCGCAGAGGCAUGGAGGAGCACAUCCCCGCUACCUUUCGCCACAUGCUGCUGCUGCCCCGAACCCUCCUGCUCUUACUCGGGGUCCCUCUUACUCUAUUCCUGGCCUCAGGCUCCUGGCUUCUGGUUCUUCUGUCCAUCCUUACCCUCUUUCUUUCCCUGUGGUUCCUUGCAAAAUACACAUGGGAAAAGCAUGUGAUGAACUGUUUGCACACAGACAUGGCUGACAUCACCAGAACCUACCUGAGUUCUCACUCCUCCUGCUUCUGGGUAGCUGAGUCUAGAGGUCAGACAGUGGGCAUGGUGGCUGCUCGGCCAGUGAAGGACCCCCUCCUGCAGAAGAAGCAACUGCAGCUACUUCACCUCUCUGUGUCAUUGCAGCACCGAAGAGAAGGCCUAGGGAAAGCUAUGGUCAGGACUGUCCUCCAAUUUGCACAGAUGCAGGGCUUCAGUGAAGUUGUCCUUUCCACCAGCAUGCUGCAGUACGCAGCCCUGGCUCUCUACCAGGGCAUGGGCUUCCAGAAGACUGGCGAGACCUUCUACACCUAUUUGUCCAGACUAAGGAAAUCUCCAAUGAUAAACUUAAAGUAUAGCCUCACUUCUCGGGAAGGGGACCUGUGAUCUCUCUCCUCUGGCCGUCAAUCAGGAUCUGAUUGCUUCUGUAAUAGUAACAAGCAGACCCAGCUACUUCAGGUGCAAACCACUAACCCUCACUCUCAAGCACAUCUGAGUAAGUGUUUUGUGGGUGGGCUUGGGGCAAUGGUUACUCUGUGUUAUCUAGGCUUUCUGAGGUAUUCUUUAGCUAACAUAACGCCAUGUAUAAAAAGUAACACAAUAUGAACUAACCAGUACCCUGGAGCUCUUGACUCUAGCUGGAUAUGUAUCAAAAGAUGGCCUACUCGGAGGCCCAUUGGACUUGCAAACUUUAUAUGCCCCAGUACAGGGAAAUGCCAGGGCCAAAAGGUGGGAGUGGGUGGGUAGGGGGGUAGGGGUGAAGGGUAUGGGGGACUUUUGGGAUAGCAUUGGAAAUGUAAAUGAGAAAAAUACCUAAUUAAAAAAAAA